AUAACAAAUUACUAUUCAAUAUCAUAACUCCACCACGUCUCUUCUCUUAUUCUUCCAUUGUCACCUCCUCCUUCUUCCAAAAAAAAUCUCCCUGUCAUCAAAACCGCCAAAAAAAAAAAAAAAAAAAUCCCCAAAAACAAUCACCAACCAUGCCAUCUUCUUCACCACUUUCCGUACAACCACCACCUCAAAAUGACCAACACCACCUCCAAACCGUACUAGACUCCGCCCGUCCGUUCCUCCGCGGCGAUCUCGAAUCCAUCGACGAAAAGCUGCCUUCCCUCGUCGCCGUCCUCCGCUCCGUAGGCGCCGGCGAGUGCUGGCACAAGCACGGCAGCUUCCUCGACCACCUCGUCGACACUUACCGAAUUCUCAAGCUAUGGAAAGCCCAAGACUCCGUCUGUCUCUGUGGCCUAUUCCACUCGGCUUACUCCAAUUCCUACGUAAACCUCGCCAUCUUCGACCCGUCAACCGGACGAGACGUUGUGGCUAAGCUCGUCGGAGAAGCCGCCGAGAGGCUCAUCCACCUCUUCUGCGUCGUCCCGAGGCAGUCUCUUAUCCACGAUGAUCUUCUCUUCCAUUACAGCGAGACGGAACUCCUCGAACACCUCAAGUUUUCGGAGAUUUCGGUGAGGAACGCGAAAGAAAGAGGCGUUUUCGACGGAGAAGAAGGCUGGAGGAAGAAACUAAAUUGUGUUCUUCCUAGUGAUGGGGUUGUUGUGAAGCACAUAAAGAAUGGUGAAGAUGUCAAGGUGUCAAGAAGACUGGUCGCGGUGUUUUUAAUGAUGACUAUGGCGGAUUUCAGCGAUCAGAUAUUCGGUUUUCAGGAUGCUUUGUUUGAGAAUUAUAAUGGGAGGCUCGAGUUUAAGGGGAACAAUGUUGCGGGAGGGCUUUGGCCGGGCGACGGGAAGCCGGGUUUGUGGAUGAAUUCGAUAUCGAGAAUGGGAGCUCUUUAUAGUUUGAUUGUGAGAGAGGAAGAGAUUUUUGUUGAAGAGAGGAAAAGGGCUUGUGGAGAUCAUGAUCAUGAUCAUGAUCAUGAUCAAAGAGAUGAUGAGGAUUUGGAGCUUGUAAUUCCUCCCGUUUUUGAGAACUGCACAAAGAUUUUGGAUGCAGGAGAUCAAAUAGUGGCAAGAGAUUUGUAUUGGGAAGCUGUUUGUGAUGUGUCAAAGAGAGGAUUGGAGAGAACAGAGGAGUUGCUUUUGAGGUGUGUUGAGAAGAACCCAUUUGUUGGAGAGCCACAUGUGGUUUUGGGUCAAGUUUAUUUGGGGAAAAUGAUGUUUGAGGAGGCAGAGAGAGAGGCUGAAAAAGGGUUGAGGCUCAUUUUGGAGUGGGGGAGUCCUUGGGACAAGAGGAUGUCUUGGGAAGGUUGGGUUGCAUGGGCUAGAGUUUUGGUUAUGAAGGCAAAAGAAAAGUCUUGGCCUCAAACUGCCUGGGGAAUUCUCAAUUUGGGACUUGUCAAGUAGAUUUUCGAAUACCAUAGCUUUUAAUCAAAGUAAUUUGCUUAAGUUUCUUGCUUUAAUAUGUGUUUUGUUAUUGUUCAUGUUGAUAUGGAGAUAAUAAGGAAAGCUCCAAUCUCAAGCUGAUUGGGAGAGGAUGGAACUUUGUUUUAAGUAGAAUCAUUUUAAAUGUGCUUACAAUGUCCUUGAACUUAAUAAAUAGAUGAAACUUUGUUCACGUCUUGAGUGAUACAAAUUUCUAGCAAGUUUGUGUAUCAAUUGAUUAUGAGGAAGCAUUGAAAACUCACACUAGAGCAA